CACGUCAACACGCAACUCCAUCAGUGGAUGAGCUAACACACUGCAACUACAGACUUUGUAUAACUUAGUAAAUAACCGCGUAACUCACCUGGAAUAUCAUACUGAGUGCGUUUUUGCUUAAAUUUUCGCCGAUAUUAGAGAUUUAAGUCAGCUGUUUUGAUAUCUUUCAGUGUUUUCAGUUGCAGUGACGAGGCAGCAGCUCUGACUGGUGUCAAACAAUCCUGAGAGUUUGGUUUAAUUUUAGAAAGACUUCACCUUUAAAGUCGUCUUGUGAGAGUCAGGAUGAAUGAAGAAGAGCUGGUGGAGUAUUUCAGGGCUCAGAUGAGGAAAGACCCCGACAUGGCCUCUGCAGUAGCUGCAAUCCGGACCCUGCUGGAGUUCCUCAAGAGAGACAAAGGUGAAACGAUCCUGGGCCUGAGGGAGAGCCUGACAUCGGCCACAGACUGCCUGACUGGAGUGGACUCCUCGGUGGCUGUGUCCUCAGGAGGAGAACUCUUUCUGCGCUUCAUAAGUCUCACAUCACUGGAGCACCAGGAUCUGUCUCGAUGUAAGAAGGUGAUGGAAGAGAGAGGAGAACUGUUUCUAGAGAAGAUCUCGAUGUCCAGAGCUAAAGUUGCCAAGCUCUGUCACACCUUCAUCAAAGAUGGUGCUAAAAUCCUGACUCACUCAUACUCCAGAGUCGUCCUCAGAGUGCUGGAAAAAGCUGCAGCUGAGAAGAAACGCUUCUCUGUCUAUGUCACUGAAUCGCAGCCUGAUGCAGCUGGGCGGCAGAUGGCAGAAGCUCUGAGGAAACUCAAUGUUCCAGUAACAGUAGUCCUUGAUGCAGCAGUAGGAUACGUGUUGGAGAAGGUCGACCUGGUUAUUGUUGGUGCAGAGGGUGUUGUGGAGAGCGGAGGAAUCAUCAACAAGAUCGGCACUUAUCAGAUGGCAGUGUGUUCUAAAGCUCACAACAAGCCCUUCUACGUCGUGGCAGAGAGUUUUAAGUUUGUCCGUCUUUAUCCGCUCAACCAGCAGGACGUGCCCGAUAAAUUUAAGUACAAAGCAGACACGCUGAAGACAGUCCAGAAUCUGUCUGAGGAGCAUCCCAUGAUCGAUUACACGCCUCCUUCCCUCAUCACUCUCCUCUUCACUGACCUUGGAGUUCUCACCCCCUCUGCGGUCAGCGAUGAACUCAUCAAGCUUUAUUUAUAACCUUGCCUCUCAAAUCUUGAAUAAAAAUGUUAACAAAAAGAGAA